ACUGAACGCGGGAAAAAUACUACAUUCCGUAUUGGAGCAUUUUGUGCGCGCAAGGUGAAGGUGACUUCUAUCUGAUUUGUAUAUAAAGAAAUACUUGUCUAAAAACGUUAUAAUCCGAAAUCAUACGAUUUUGGACACGUAUUUAAUUGUGGUGUUUGUUCUAAAUUAUUAACUGACUCACAUUUCUAACGGCUGCUAUCAUGAAACCUGGAGGUGGCACAAAGCUUUCUGCCGCCAAAACUGGUGCUGUUGAGGAUAAGGUCAGAAAGUCUUUGCACGUUUUGCAGCCAGCAGCCACUGACAAAGAAAAUUUAGUUGGUGGAGGCAGAAUGCUGAGGUCUGCCAAAGAAACAGUUAAGAAUGAGGUAGUUGAAAAACCCAAGAAUGAUGAGAAAGCAAAACGUAAGAAAGUUGUUUUGAAAGAUAAAGCAGUUCAAACUUCAAGGGGAGGCAAGAUAAAGAUCGAAGUUGAAGACUUAACGUCCGAAGCUGGGCCCAGUGAAAAUUAUUGGGAAGUUUUGGCUGAAAGGCGGCGGAUAGCACUUCAGGAUGCAUUAGAAGAUAAUAAAGAAUUGACCGAGCGCGUAGAAAAGUUAGAAGAAGAAAAUCGUAUAUAUAAGGAAAUGUUAGAUGAAUCAAGAACACUAGUUGAAGUUUUACAGGAAAUGCUUGGAGAAGACAGGAAUGAUAUAAAUAAUUCUCUUGAAGAUACCCUUUAAUUUAACGUUUUGUGAUCCAACAUCAACUAAUGCCUUACGAUUCAAAUACAGUGUUUUUGGACACAACAUAUGCGCUCGUCAAUAAUGAAUAUCGUACUGAAUAUUGUAAAAAAAAGUUUGACUGAAGGUUUGAUAAGCACAAAAUGGAAGAGUUUCUUUAUAUUUUUAAUCCAUUUCAAUGCGGUUACUUGCAUUUAUAUUAAUUCGUCAUUUAUUAAACCAGCUAAACUAUGGCUGCGACUACAGAUGUAUUUACCUCAUAGAAACUUAAUAUAAUAUAAGUAUAUAUCUGAUUAUAAUUAAUAAAUCGAUUUUCUAAUAUCCGUUGAAUUUUUCUUUCUGUUACUUUCUGUCGUUAGCAAGAAAUAACGAUAUUAAUCGAACAAAUUGCUAGCAUCACAUAUUUAUUUUACAAAUCUUUGGCGUAAAAGAUCUUGAAUUCCAUCGAUAUAAAUCAAUGCUAAUAACACAUUAGUUUACUUUUUUUUUUUAGUAAAAUGACUGACGAGUGUUUUAUUCACACAUCAAUCACAGCACUACAUGUUCGAGGAAGCCAUUUUCUUUG